GGUCGUGUUGUGUGUUGUGUUGCUCCGCUUUGACUUCAAACUUUUGUUUUUUUUUUUCAUCCUGCGGGCGAGUCGACCACUAGCCGUCCGCGCUUACCUGCUAGAACAUCGUAUAAUCUACAAACUUUAAAGACUUUUGUGUUAUUAUUUAGUGAAUAUUGUAUAGAAUUAUUAAAUCAUAGUGUUAACGUUGGCGUUAGGUCCAGAUGUUAGUUCAAACGGCAACAACCUCAUUUCGUGUCAACAAACGUACAUAAACAGUGAUCGGAACAAGUUAUAGUUUCGAACAAAAACUUAUGUGAAUUACAAUGACCUGAACUGGUAAUCCAGGAUGAGAAUGGGUUUUGUAUUCUUGUGUCAGAACGUGAUUUUCGUUGCAACUUCACCUACAUAACGUUUAUGAUAUUCAAAUAACAACAAAGAUGUUUAUAUACAAAGUGGCGACGCUGAUCUUGCUCGGCGCUUUGAGCAAGGGUGAUCUUCCCGAAGAUGACUUCAGGAUAAUAAAUCGUCAAGACCUACUGGCGACGGACAGCGAUAUGUUUGAAGAUAAAGAAGCGCGUGCGUUCACUCAGCUGCUCUUUGACGUUGCGAGAGAUCAGGUCAUCGUUGGGGCGAGAGAUACUUUAUACCGAUUGUCACUACGAGGAUUAAGACCUCUAGAACGUUCAGAAUGGCCCGCAGCUCCAGAGAAGACGAGGUUGUGCCAAGUGAAGGGGCAGACGGAAGAAGACUGUCACAAUUACAUCAAAGUUCUUCUGUCGUACGGUCAUAAGCUAUUAGCUUGUGGAACCAAUGCUUUCAGUCCGAUGUGCAGUUGGAGAGAGAUAGAGGAGAUAAGGAACGUGUCAGAAUGGCUGCCGGGCGUUGUGCUCUGUCCACACAGCCCGCACUCCAACGUCACCGCAUUGCUGGCCAGCAAUGGAGAGUACUACGCGGGCACGCCCACUGACUUUGCUAGCUCUGAUACUACGAUAUCCAGGAGUCGCGGUGCAGCUACUGUGGACACGGGAAUGCUGCGUACAACUCAAUACGAUCUUAAUUGGCUGAACGAACCUCACUUUGUGGGUAGUUUCGAGGACGAUUACUACGUCUACUUUGUGUUCAGAGAGGUCGCUGUUGAACAUUUGAAUUGCGGCAAGACGAUAUAUUCAAGAAUAGCUCGCGUAUGUAAAAACGAUUCUGGCGGGCACCGCGUCAUGAGACACAAUUGGAGCACGUUCUUAAAGGCACGACUGACGUGUCCCGUGCCCGGGGACAUCCCCUUCUACUACGACGAGGUUCAAAGUGUUGAAUAUAUUCCCCAGGAAAAGAUAUUAGUCGCUACGUUUACCACACUUACUAACAGUAUAACAGGCAGUGCCGUGUGCAUCUACAAUAUGUCGGAUAUACGCGCGGCCUUCGAGGGCCCUUAUAAGGUGCAGACCUCGCCCUCCUCCGCCUGGGAGUCUCGCGCGCCCUCACACGAGUCCAGGGAACAUUUUAGAUGCGCUACUGAUACCAGAACACAUGAAACAAUGGAAUUCCAAAGAUAUCAGUUAAUGUACGAAUCAAUCCGCCCCAUAUCCGGGGAGCCUGUCUACAAGGUGACGUCACAGCGCUUCACACACGUCACCGUUGACGUCACCAAGACCAAGCAGAUGGACAAACAACUAGUCGUGUUCGUUGCCACACAGAACAGUGACGUCAUCAAGUUGGCCAUACUGCCCAGAUAUGAAGGCGCAUGUUUGGUACAAAUAUGGAGACUGAAAGAUGCAAAUGGCGGCAUAAAUAUAAUGGCAAUGCAGUUUGUUAAAGAAACGAUGUCAGUGUACAUAGGCAGUGAGAGGGGCGUGUUGCGUGUGGGCGGGGAGCGGUGCGGCCGGUACCGCAGCCGCGCGCCCUGCGUCUCCGCCACAGACCCGCACUGCGGCUGGGACGAGGCGCGCGACCUCUGCGUGCGCGCUCCGCCCCAUCUGCACCACGCAUACUUCACGCAGACCACUGCCGCCUGCCCCACUCUGCACACACCUGUGGACGGAGGCUGGUCCUCAUGGUCAGUAUGGGAGCGGUGCAUGCAGGAGGGCACGCCGGCGAGCGCGUACGCAGACGAGCAGCCCGACACGUGUCUGUGUCGCACACGUCGCUGCGACAACCCCAGCCCAGCUAAUGGUGGACAUGCUUGUCAAGGUGCAAGUAUAUCAGUGGUGAACUGCACAACUCACGGCGGCUGGUCCCCCUGGUCCGGGUGGUCGGAGUGCAGCGCGUCGUGCGGCAUCGCGGUGAAGUCUCGCCGCCGCGCCUGCACCGCGCCCGAACCCAAGCACGGCGGCCGCGUCUGUGUCGGUGUUGACUCGCAGGAUGUCUACUGCGGGAACCUGCCUCCUUGUCCAGAUCCAGCAUUAGCUCCCGUUGAUGGUGGUUGGUCACCCUGGGGGUCGUGGUCAGCGUGCACCGGCACCGGGUGUGGACCCAACGCAGGAACCCGCGAGCGUCGCCGGCAGUGCACUGACCCCAUACCUCAGCAUGGAGGCGCCGACUGCGAAGGUCAAGCCACUGAGAAGCAAUUAUGUGACCUCAGGCAGUGCGAAGUCAGGAAGGCCACCGCGUGGACACCCUGGGUACAAAUACCAAGUAACAUAUCUGACGGCAGCUACACGGAGAAACGUUUCAAAUUCUUAUGCAAAGCGCCUUCAUAUGAACAAAUAAAGCUGUCACUGGCCCGGGAAGAGGAGAGAUACUGCAACGCCUUGGGGACGUGUAGCAGCACCCCCCUAGAGGAGGAGGGGUGGGAGGUUUGGGGUCCGUGGGGGGCGUGCUCUGCGGCGUGUGGGGGCGGGCAGCAGGCGCGCGCUCGCCGGUGUCGCCGCCCUCCCUGCGCCGGCGCAGCGGACAUGCUACGCGCAUGUAACACACACGCUUGCACCGGUACACACAUUGCAAAUAAUAUUUCAAAAUUAAAAUAG